GGGGAGGAGGGGGGGGGCGGUCUGAGUGCCUUUCUCUCUUUCAACCAUUGAGGUGGUGAAAGGCACGCGGCCCUCUUCCUCGGCUGUGGUGUGAGCUGUGGUGUGAGAUGCAGGCACGUGGCUGUGGUGUGAGCUGUGGUGUGAGCAGCAGGCACGUGGCUGUGGUGUGAGCAGCAGGCACGUGGCUGUGGUGUGAGCUGUGUGUGAGCAGCUGUCACGUGGCUGUGGUGUGAGCAGCAGGCACGUGGCUGUGGUGUGAGCUGUGGUGUGAGCAGCAGUCACGUGGCUGUGGUGUGAGCAGCAGUCACGUGGCUGUGGUGUGAGCUGUGGUGUGAGCAGCAGGCACGUGGCUGUGGUGUGAGCAGCUGUCACGUGGCUGUGGUGUGAGCAGCAGGCACGUGGCUGUGGUGUGAGCUGUGGUGUGAGCAGCAGGCACGUGGCUGAGCGCAAGGCGACACGCGAACCGCAGCGUGAAGAUAACGAGGAGGAGGAGGAGGGGAAGAUGAAGGCGCAGGGAAGGAUGAAGGAGGAAGCGGGGCAUACAAAGGAGAAGGAGGAACGUUCACAUAAGAAGGAAGGGUGUGAGAAGGAAGAAGAGGGGCAUAAACGGGAGGAGAGGAAGGAGGAGGGGAGGAAGGAGGCGGAGGAAGAUGAGAGAAAGAAGGAGGGGAGGAAGGAGGAGGGGAGGAAGAGAGGAAGGAGGGAGGAGAGGAAAGAGGAAGGAGGAGAGGGGGGAAGAGGAGAGAAGAGGAAGGGGAAGAGGAGGAGAGGAGAGGAGAGGAAGAGAGAGGAAGGGAGGAAGGAAGAGAGAGAAGAGAGAGAGGAGAGGAGGGAGAAGGAGGAGAGGAAGGAGGGGAGGACGGAGGAGAGGAAGGAGGGGAGGAAGAAGGAGAGGAAGAGGGAGGAAGAGGAGGAGGAGAGGAGAGAAGGAGGAGGAGAGGAAGCAGGAAGGAGGAGGAGAGAGGAAGGAGAGAGGAAGGAGGAGGGGAGGAAGGAGAGGAAGAGGGAGAAGGAGAGGAGGAGGAGGGAGGAGAGAAGGAAGGGAGGGAGGAGAGGAGGAGGAGGGAGGAAGAAGGAGGAGAGGAAGGAGGAGAGGAAAGAGGAGGGGAAAGAGGGUAGGAAGAAGGAGAGGAAAGAGGGGAGGAAGGAGGAAGGGAGGAAGAAGGAGGAGAGGAAGGAGGAGGGGAGGAAGGAGGAGAGGAAGGAGGAGAGGAAGAGGAGGGAGGAGAGGAGGAAGAAGGAGGAGAUGAAAGAGGGGAGGAAGGAGGAGGGGAGGAAGGAGGGGAGGAAGGAGGAGAGGAAGGAGGAGAGGAAGGAGGAGGGGAGGAAGAAGGAGGAGAGGAAGGAGGAGGGGAGGAAGAAGGAGGAUAGGAAGGAGGAGGGUAGGAAGAAGGAGGAGAGGAAGGAGGAGGGAAGGAGGAGGGGAGGAAGAAGGAGGAGAGAGAAAGAGGAGGGGAAAGAGGGUAGGAAGAAGGAGAGGAAAGAGGGGAGGAAGGAGGAGGGGAGGAAGGAGGAGAGGAAAGAGGGGAGGAAGAAGGAGGAGGAGAUGAAAGAGGGGAGGAAGGAGGAGGGGAGGAAGAAGGAGGAGAGGAAGGAGGAGGGGAGGAAGGAGGAGGGAGGAAGAAGGAAGAGGAAAGAAGAGGGGAGGAAGAAGGAGGAGAGGAAGCAGGGAGAACAGUCACAUAAGAAGGAAGCCGGGAAGAAAGAAUGCGAUUUGCAUAAGAAGGAGGAGGAGGGGAGGAGUAAGAAGGUGGACGAGGGGCAGAGGAAGCGGGAGGAGAAGAGGGGGAAGGUCCCGUCGCGUGGCAGCGCGGCCGUCAGGAGAGUCGUCUUGCGGCAGGGCGCGCCACGCAGCAGGGAGAGGAGGGCCCCUCCUGCCACGAGCACGCGGCAGGGAGCCACGGGGGCGACGGUGCUCGCCGAUGCCAAGGACAGCGGGAAAACGGAGAAGGGCAAAGCUUCCACGCGAGGACCUGCCCCCCCUCCUGGCCCCCCUCCUGGCCCCCCUCCUGGC